AUGGCUUGCUUACCCAACCCCGAACGGCUGCUUGAGACGGGCAAGUUCAGCGACUUUACCAUAAUCUGCCAGAGUACGAAGAUUCGUGUUCACAAGGUUAUCCUCGGCUCUCAUUCCGGAUACUUUGCUGCCUUAUUCCGCCGCAAAAUGAAGGAAGCUGUCGUCACCUUUGACGACGUCGACCCGGGGGUGAUGAAGCACCUCAUCCGAUUCUUCUACAGCAACGACCAAGAACUCGGCUUUGAAUCGUCAGACCUGAAGACCAACGUGGGCGUUUGGAUCUUAGCCGACCGUUUGCAGGCGAGACGUGCUAUGAAAGAGGUUGAAAUCAGCUUGAUGGGCUAUCUCAGUAAAUACGAACACAAGAAGGCCGCAUCUCAUGAAAGUCUUAUAGACAUGGUGUUUUCUCAUCCAGCCUGCGCCGAGUCUGCCGUUGGUCUUAUCUUUGCAGAUGCCAUGUGGGCUGUUUUUGCAAAGAGUGAUUGUGCGAAAGCCGCUCUCGCGCGCCUCAGCAAGUAUACCGAGCUGAUGCAAAUAAUGCUCAUAUGGUCCCAUAGCUAUAUGCAAAGAGGGGCCGACUUUAAUGAACGUAAGUCGCUCGUGGCUUGUGAUCCCGACGCUGUAGAAAGCUGGAGAUGCCAGGCGAUCUACAUGGUACUCACCGACGACACCGCCGAGGACUCGGACACCGACGACUCGGACAGCUCGAUCUAG